CAAAACAUGACAGUUUCUCGUUUGCAUUAAUUUUCGACCUUUGUAAAAUGGAUUUUUUAAUUUAUUUGAAUUUAUUUACUUUAUGUAAUCAAAUACUGUGAAUAUUGGAUUAAUUUUUUAAAUUUUAAUAGAUGUAAACACAUGCUCUGACGCUCGAGACAUUAAAUAAGUUUGACGUUCAGUUGUUUUUCAGUUGUAAGGUUUCAUGUUUGCAUCGACAUUUUUGGGGGCCAACUAUGGAUUAUUCAGGAGACUUUGGUAAUUAUAACAGCGAUUACUCGACUUUAAAAAGUACAAACGAUCGUAUUUCAACCACAAAAUCCUUACGAAUUAUAAAUCCGGCGAUUUAUGUGGAACCAAUGAACAUCGAUGGAGAGAAACCCAUGAAAAAUCGUCGGACAAUAAUUUGCGAACCCAGUGGAGACGGUGCGGACCUUUCGCCAGGUUUGCCCCGGCUUUCCCUGGACGAUAAUCCCCAAAUGUUGAAUACUUGCCGAUCGCUAUCGGCAAUAUCAUCGAUCACCCCAUCCCUGAUUUCCGUGAGUCAGGACAAUUUGACAGCCCGGGUUGAACGUUGUUGUGUCAUUGAUGAGGGUAAUGAUGAGGGCUCAGAGAGUUCAGAGACAAUCCCAAGAUACACUACAACAGGCGAGAGAGUCCAGAUAUGCGGGUCCCUAUCGACCUCGAACCUCUCGUCCCGUGAAUGCUCCAGGAGAAUUUCCCUUCCUCGACAACUGGCCCAUGAGGACUGGAUCCAGAAGAAGAAACUCGAGUCACUCCGGCUCAAGAAAGAAUCCGAGAAAAAUGAACUGAAUAAAAAAGCCGAGGAGGAGAGGCUCCUGCGCGAACGAGAGGAACGCGAACGUAAGGAGCACGAGAAUUUUCUAGUCUGGACGAGGAGAAAAAAUCAGGAGGAGGUCAGAAAGAGGAAACUAGCUGAGAAGGAGCGGGAAUUGGCGGAGAAACUGAAGCAGAUCGAGGAGAAAGCAGUUAUUGCUAAGGAGAUAUGUCUUCUUCAAUGGUCCCUUAAUAAAAAUAAGGCCCAGAAAGCCCAAAAAGAAGAACAAGAGCAAAAAUUGAGGCAACUCGAUGAAGAGAAAAAGAAACGCGUGGAGGAGAGUGUGAAAGCCUUCGAAGAAUGGCGAGAAAGGGCGAGGAACACUCCGAGACCAGCGACGCAGGGACUCUUACCUCAUCAGAAAGCAAAACCAGCGUAUGUGAACCCCAUCCCGUGGAUCAGUGACGACGCAACCUCGGAGUCACCGAAAAAUUCUCGCGCCCCCAUGAGGAAGAUGAGGAAUGAAUUUCGACAUUGA